AUGCAGGCAAAAGGCACCGCGAAGCCGGGGAGACUUCGAACGGACCGCGGCUUCGACGGCGGGUACAGCGCGGUCGCGCGGCGUCACGUGACGCCGCCCCCGGGCCGCUGGGGUGGGAAAGCAGGGCCGCCGGGAAUCAACGCCUCACCGCCCCCUGGGGGCCGGAGGACGGAGCCACAGCCCGCGCAGGUCCCGACGGGGCACAGCCAGGCUAGCCGAGAGGCCGAGAUGCGGGCCCCGCAGCAACCCCCGCCCGCCGCGGUCCGCCCCACGGGCCAGGACAGCCUCCAGCCCCGCCCCGGCGCACCCCUGGGCCCCGCAGACCGCGCGCCCCACCCACGGCGUCGCUGUGCGCGGGUCGGGACAGCGACCAACGGCCAGCAGCUCCACGGUGCCCACUCCCCCGGCCUGGCGUGGACGCUGGAAGCGCUGUCCCGCCGGGAAGGCCGCGGGGGUGCGUGCGGCAUCCAGCACAGGGCCUGGCACAGAAUAAAUGCUUUGGGGUAUCUGACACCGGUCACAUACCCCUGCCCUCCUGAGGUUCCACAUCUAUGUAUCAGAUGGAAACCAGAGUCACAAAUGGAGACAGAUUCAGAGACUCAGCCUGAAAGGAGACAGAAGAGGUAGAGAGCUACAGGAUGCAUGGCCCAGGAUGGCAAAGGUACAGAUAGAAAUGGGGACACACUGAAGCCUAGUAGGGAAUAUUGGGGAGCUGGGCCUGGAGCCAGCCUGGGGUGGCUGACCACAGAAGGCUUUGUGGGCUGAGCUUGCAGGACUGAGCAGUGAUUCAUGGGGCCUGUCUCUGUGGCUCUCCUGGCAGCAGAAUCAACUCACAGCAGCCUUUUCCACUGAGAUCAUAAAAUGAGAAUGGGCCUCCCUCCCCUGACCCUUCCCCAACUCUCCCUCAGCCUCCCAUUUCUUGCCAACAUGACUCAAUCAAAAAUGGGCCGGGCACAGUGGUUCAUGCCACAAAAUCCCAGCACUUUGGAAGGCCAAGGAGGGCAGAUUACCUGAGGUUGGGAGUUCCAGACUAGCUUGGCCAACAUGGCAAAACCUGGUUUCUACUAAAAAUACAAAAAUUAGCCAGAUGUGGUGGUGCAUGCCUGUAAUCCCAGAUACUUGGGAGGCUGAAGCAAGAGAAUUGCAUGAACCCAGGAGGCGGAGGUUGCAGUGAGCUGAGAUCAUGCCACUGCACUCCAGCCUGAGCUACAGAAUGAGACUCUGUCUCAAAAAUAAAUAAAUAAAUAAAAAUAGGGGGAGGAUUCUGGGCCUCAGUGGGCCUAGUGACAACAGACCCACAGUCAUUCACCUUACACAUCCCUCUUCAGUGUGACCCAAAAUACUGAGGGCAACAAAUACUCCAGAACUUCCAGAUGUCUCUUGCCUUUGGCCUAAAUAAACUCCAAACUCCUCGGUAUGGCAUUCAAGGCCAUUUAGAGGCAUCACAGCCUUCCCAUCUACCUCCCAAACUGGCCUGGAAAACAAAUCUGAUUACUACUCUAGUCUCACAUUGGCUUCUCUUCCUGAAGGCCCAUGCCCAACUCCCCUAAUCAAAAUCCUUCCUCCUUUGAGACUGGGGCACAGCACCUCCUUCAUGAAGCCUUCCCCAGCCAAGUUCUCUCAGCUCAGGCCAUCCUGCCCAGUCACACAGCAAGGACCCAUGGAUGAGUGCUUGACGCACUUCCUCUCCUGUGUCCAAGACACCUGCCUGCCUCCCCAUCAAACCCACCAUGCUCAUCUACCCCCACACUGCAACCUCCACCUCCCGGGUUCAAGUGAUUCUUCUGCCUCAAUCUCUCAAGCAGCUGGGAUUACAGGAGUGCACCACCAUGCCUAGCUAAUUUUUGUAUUUUUAGUAGAGAUGGUGUUUCAGCAUGUUGGCCAGGCUGAUCUCAAGCUCCUGACCUCAAGGGAUCCAUCUGCCUCAGCCUCCCAAAGUGCUGGGAUUACAGGCAUGAGCCACCAUGCCCAGCCUGACAGAUGACAUUUAUGAUCUCUUACCUUGAGCCAGGCCCCGUGUAGAUUCUUCCCAUUAAAUCUUAUCAUUUAAU